CCAUCAUUUCCCUCUCAUCACUCACACAACACCCUCAACACUUCACCUCAACCAUCUGAUCAUCACACAACAAGAAUUUCUUGGAGGCCUUUCCAGCAACUUGCACCCAUCUUUGAAAAUGAAGUUCCUCAAUCUGCUCCUCGUCGGUACCGCAGUGGUCUCCGCGCUCCCCUUUAAGCCAGACACGCCGCUGAACCCGAAUGGUUUGUCUGGCCUCAAGGCUCGUGAGCCCGAGAAGCUCAAAGUCGACAAGCGUGAGCCCGAGAAGCUUAAGGUCGACAAGCGUGAGAAGCUCAAGGUUGAUAAGCGUGAGCCCGAGAAGCUUAAGGUCGACAAGCGUGAGAAGUUGAAGGUCGACAAGCGCGAGCCCGAGAAGCUCAAGGUCGACAAGCGUGAGCCCGAGAAGCUUAAGGUCGACAAGCGUGAGAAGUUGAAGGUCGACAAGCGUGAGCCUGAGAAGCUCAAAGUCGACAAGCGCGAGCCUGAGAAGCUCAAGGUCGACAAGCGCGAGCCUGAGAAGCUCAAGGUUGACAAGCGCGAGCCUGAGAAGCUCAAGGUUGACAAGCGCGAGCCUGAGAAGCUCAAGGUCGACAAGCGCGAGCCCGAGAAGCUUAAGGUCGACAAGCGUGAGAAGUUGAAGGUCGACAAGCGUGAGCCUGAGAAGCUCAAAGUCGACAAGCGCGAGCCUGAGAAGCUCAAGGUUGACAAGCGCGAGCCUGAGAAGCUCAAGGUUGACAAGCGCGAGAAGCUUAAGGUUGAUUAAGGGGCUGACAGAAUUUUUCCUACACUUUAGUUCAGUAGAGGACUUAACAAUUUGCACAUAGUUUGUGCCACUGAGCUUAGUAGGAACAGAUAAGUUAGCAAAGUCUCUGGCAAGAGUCCUUCCAGUUACUUCAUUGAAAAUAGACUUGGUCUUGCUCGAA